UUCUUUGCUAUGCGUAAUUCUUAAGCCCCCCACCCUUUUUCUUUUUCCCCUCUCUCUCUCUCUCUCUUCUUUACAAAACAAAACUUGUACAGCUAGCAACCUUUAUCUCUCCCUCUCUCUCCUCCGUCCCACAUGGCCAUGGCUUCUUUCAGGUACUUCUGAAAAUGGUGCAGCAGGCCGCUCCUCCGCAUUUCGUUUCAUGAAGAAGAAGCAGAAGAACUCAAGGCCGUUAAUGGCGGCCACGCCUGUUGUUCUCCUACCGCUGCUGCUUCUGUCUGCACUCUCUCUGAUUUCCGGCCGCGCCGCCGCCGAGCCGACCCGCGACCGCCAGGCGCUGCUGUCGUUUCUCUCCCAAGUUCCCCACGAGAAUCGCCUUCAAUGGAACUCGUCCGUCUCCGCCUGCUCCUGGGUCGGCGUCGAGUGCGACGCCGCCAACACGUCGGUUUUGAAUUUGAGGCUUCCCGGCGUCGGUUUGGUCGGCAUAAUUCCGGCGAACACUCUCGGACAGCUCUCGCAGCUCCGAGUGCUCAGCCUCCGGUCGAAUCGGCUGUCCGGUGAAAUUCCGGCGGAUUUCUCGCAAUUGAAGCUUCUGCGGAAUGUGUACUUGCAGAAUAAUCAGUUUUACGGUGAGUUCCCGGCGAGCUUCACCGAGUUGACUCGCAUCACCAGGCUCGAUCUCUCCGCCAACAACUUCUCAGGUCCAAUCCCCUUUUCGAUCAACAAUCUCACACAUCUCUCGGGGCUUUUUCUACAGAGCAAUCAGUUCUCCGGUAAAAUUCCGAGCAUCGCUCCGCCGAAUCUCAACGAUUUCAACGUCUCCAAUAACCGCCUCAACGGUUCGAUUCCGGCGUCGCUCGCGCGGUUUCCGGCGUCCGCAUUCGCCAACAACAUCGAUUUGUGCGGCGGUCCUCUCCCGCCCUGCAAUCCUUUCUUCCCUCCUCCGGCGCCGGCGCCGGAGGAACCGCCAUCCGACACUCCACCUCGAGGAAGCAGCACAAAGAAGAAGCUCUCCACCGGCGCCAUUAUUGGAAUCUCAAUCGCCGGCGGAGUUCUCGGUUUACUCCUCCUCCUCGCCCUAAUUUUCCUCCUCCUCCGAAAACGAAGACAACGAAGCUCCACCAAUCAAAAACCGCCGGUAAUUCCUGCGUCGAGAGCCGCCGCAGACAUCGGCGGCACAUCCUCAUCUAAAGACGACGUCACCGGCGGUUCCGCCGAAGCUGCAGAGAGAAACAAACUGAUUUUCUUUCACGGCGGCGGUUACAGCUUCGAUUUGGAGGAUCUGCUGAGAGCGUCGGCGGAGGUGCUGGGGAAGGGAAGCGUAGGUACAAGCUACAAAGCGGUGCUGGAAGAAGGUACAACCGUCGUCGUCAAGAGGCUGAAAGACGUCGCCGUCGCGAAGAGAGAGUUCGAGCAGCAAAUGGAGGUGCUGGGGAACAUCAGCCACCAUAACCUCCUCCCUCUCAGAGCCUAUUACUUCUCCAAGGACGAGAAAUUGCUGGUCUACGAUUACCUCCCUGCCGGCAGUUUAUCAGCUCUCCUCCAUGGUAAUCGAGGUUCGGGGCGCACACCGCUGGAAUGGGACAACCGAUUGAGAAUAGCGCUAAGCGCGGCGAGAGGGCUCGCUCACCUCCACGCAAACGGCAACACAGUCCACGGGAACAUCAAGUCUUCGAACAUCCUCCUCAGACAGGACAACGCCGAUUCUUGCAUAUCAGAUUACGGACUCAAUUCCCUCUUCUCGAAUUCGACCCCUCCCAAUCAUCGCAUCAUGGGAUACCGAGCCCCCGAGGUGCUCGAAACCCGUAAAGUCACAUUCAAGUCCGAUGUGUACAGCUUCGGAGUACUGCUGCUCGAGCUCUUGACGGGGAAAGCGCCAAACCAGGCCUCUUUAGGCGAAGAAGGAAUCGAUCUACCGCGAUGGGUGCAAAGUGUCGUGCGGGAGGAAUGGACGGCGGAGGUGUUCGACGUCGAGCUAAUGAGGUACCACAAUGUAGAGGAAGAGAUGGUCCAGCUUCUCCAGAUCGGGAUGGCCUGUGUCGCGACGGUCCCGGAACAACGGCCCGCGAUGCAAGAAGUGCUGAAAAUGAUCGACGACAUGAACAGGGGCGACACCGACGACACGUUACGACAGUCGUCGGACGACGCGCAGCGAGGCUCCGACAGCCAAACGCCUCCAAUGGAGUCGCGGGCGUCGCCUCCGGGUCAGACUCCGUAGUAGCCCGGCCUCGACUACAUACGUACGAUACUUACGACAGCUGUAUCGAUCUGGAAACACAGUUGGAAGGCGAAAUUAGUUCGGUAUCGGCCGCGCCAUAAAUAAGGCCGGGUCGAAACUGCGGCGGCGACGGCGGCGGCGCAUCGGCAGGGUUGUUCCGGUAUCUUUUAUAUUCAUUUUUCGACGGCUUUAUUUUUUUUUUUUCUUUCGAUCCUUCCUUCUGAUGUCUAAUCUGCAGUAAUUUUUCAUGGUUCUUUUCUCAUUUUUUUUUUUUUUUUUGGGGUUUUGAAAUAUGAUUUGUGUUGAUUGAUUCGAUGAUGAUCGGGUGGAUGGAUGGAUGGAUGGAAUUUAAUUGAACAUAUAUGGAUCGAUCAGUCUGUGGAAUUAUUUGUUUGUUGGGGCUUUUGAUAUAUUCUUUUAGGAAAUUGUUUGUUUGUUUGUUUGUUUAA